ACUAAAAAAUGGACCGAAGAGACAAAAGUGCUCAACAUCGGUAAAUUCGUGAGAAUUUGUCGGCCAACAUAUCAUUCCUGUAAGUGGGUCGAAUCCCGAGCUGCACAUUUAGAUUUAAAAUUAGGAAAAUUUAAGAAGCUCAAACCUGUAACUUUAUUCUUUAGAAGAAGGAGAAGGAGAAGCAGCAAAAAUCAGAGUAUGUUUGGUAACGUCUAUGAUUGAUUUGAUGGCGUCUUUGGAUCUCAUGUCAUGUGAUGUUUCUCUAUGUGAGGUUUUUGGAAUUGGAGAAAGCUUGUAAUCAAUUUUGUAAUGAAUGAGGUAACAGCAAUUGAUCGAAUUUGUUUUAGCUUUCGACAUUGAAGCUUGUUCAUAUAUGUCAAUGGCCUUAUAGGUAUUGCGACAUUUAUAUCCAAAUCAAUUUUGAAUGGCCUUUUCAGUUCCUUGCUACAUGUUUCCUUGUAAUCAAUCAGCUUCUGUUUUUGAUCGACCGCCUGCAUCCUGUUGCUAAGAUAUAGCACUUUCAUGAGCCCGAAAAAUUUCAGUGAAAGAUCCAGUAGUGGCUAGCACAUCAUGAGUGGUGGGUUAGGAGUAAGAUGUUGAAAUUGAAAUUGUAGGCUGUAAAGCAAACCACACAAUACAUAGAAUAGUCAAUGGAUUCUAUUGUUUAAUAUACAAGCAGUUCUAGGAAGUUUACGAAUACUUGUGAGUUGAACAACUCAAAUAAAAUGUUAGUGUAAGGCUCCAGGCUGUGAAUUGGGUUGACUUCAAAAAUCAAGAAUCUUAUCAAAGAUCAUGUUGGCCACAAUAUUGGUAGAUGUCAGCCAGUCUUAAUCAUCCGACCCAGCUUAAUGUCAGAGCUUAUCCCUACAAUCUCCUAUUGCAACUUGAGUUCCUUUCUUUUUUAAUCAAUUACUCAUUCCUUGGUUAGCAAUUGAGUUUACUUUCUUCACAUCUUUUUCCAACUCUAAAGACAUUCCUUUCCUACUCAUAAACGGUAGUAAUUGCUUUGGUUUUCUCUGCUCAUCCUCGAUUUUUUUGUAUUAAGUUGAUCUUUUGUGCUACUGUGAUUCUUAUGGCGCCUGAAUUUGGUGCAAGUGUGAUAUUGAAAAAGCUGAGUUCUGUUGUUGCUCAAGAAAUUAGUUCAGCUUGGGGUGUUAAGGAUGACUUGAAAAAACUUAAGACAACCUUGGACAUGAUUGUGGCUGUGACAUCUGAUGCGGAGAAUAAGCAGAUUAAUGACGCUGCUGUGCGACUUUGGCUCAGGAAACUGAAAGAGGUUGCUUAUGACGCGGAUGACGUGCUGGAUGAGUUCUUGUACGAAACCAUGCGUCGACGGGAAAUGAAUAUCCACAAGAGAGGAAAGGUACGGGAUCUCAUUUCAUCCGCAAACCCACUCUCAUUUCAAUUUAAGAUGGCUCACAAAAUUAGAGAUGUCAACAAAACCUUAGAUAAAAUUGCUCAUGAUAAGGUUAGGUUUCAAUUGGAACCUUCUAGCAGCAUUGAUUUUGCUCAUGAUCAAAGUACUGAGCAGCGGAACCGGCUGACUUCAUCUUUCGUAGAUGACUCGAAAAUUAUAGGAAGAGAGGGUGAUAAAUUACAGAUUACAAAGAUGUUAAUGAUGUCUGAUGCGUCGUCAUCAAUAUCAUCUGGAAGUUAUAGUCAACCAGAAAAAGUUUCCGUCAUAUCCUUACUGGGUAUGGGGGGACUUGGGAAAACUGCACUAGCACAAUUGGUCUACAAAGAUGACUCGAUUGAGAAACACUUUGAACCAAGAAUGUGGGUUUGUGUGUCUUAUGAUUUUGACGUCUAUAAAAUCUUAACAAAUAUAAUCGAGUCAAUUACUAAAAGAAAAUGUGACGAUGUAUCAAAUGUUGAGGUCUUAGUUAAUCAGGUUCAUGAAAAGUUGAGUGGGAAAAAGUAUUUGUUAGUUCUAGACGACCUGUGGAAUGAGAAUGCUGAGGACUGGGAGAAACUUAAAGACUUGCUAGUCGUGGGUGCUCAAGGGAGCAAAAUUUUAAUCACUACACGUAAACACAAAGUUGCAUCUGUUGUUAAGGGUAUAAUUCCUCCUUAUGAAUUAAGUUUUUUAAACCCUGGUGAAUGUUGGUCCAUUAUCAAGACCAGAGCAUUUUCUCCUGGUGGAGCAUCUGAAACCCAAAACCUGAGAGAUAUAGGAAAGGAGAUAGCGAAAAAAUCUGCUGGUUUGCCCCUUGUGGCCAAAUUUCUAGGAAGUCUUAUGCAUUCAAAGAAGUCUGAGGAUGAUUGGUUGUCUAUAAGAGACAACGACAGCCUCAAUGGUAUUUUGAAUACAAAUGAAAACCACAGCAAGGUCAUUCAAGUUUUGAAGUUAAGUUACGAUAAUUUGCCAUCUCAUCUAAAACAAUGUUUCUCUUACUGUUCAAUGUUUCCCAAAGAUUGGGAGAUUAAUAGAGAAACUUUGAUUAGAUUAUGGAUGGCUGAAGGGUUCCUUCAACGAUCUAUAAAUUCUAGAGGAGGAAAAAGAUCAGUUGAAGAUAUUGGAAACGAUUAUUUUUAGAGUUUGUUAUUGAACUCAUUCUUUCAAGAUG